AUGAAGAUCACGAGGCAGAAACACGCCAAGAAGCAUCUUGGCUUCUUCCACAACAAUUUCGGAUUUCGCGAGCCCUACCAGCUGUUGCUCAAAGGCACCUUCUGUCAGGCGGCACUGCGGGGCCGCAUCCAGCUGCGGGAGCAGCUGCCCCGCUACCUCAUGGCCGAGACACAGCUGUGUACCACCAGGUGUGUGCUAAAGGAGUUAGAAACGCUGGGAAAGGAAUUAUAUGGGGCAAAAUUGAUUGCACAGAAAUGCCAAGUUCGACAUUGUCCCCAUUUCAAGAAUGCAUUGAGUGGAUCAGAAUGCCUGCUUUCCAUGGUUGGUGAAGGCAAUCCUCAUCAUUAUUUUGUGGCAACACAGGACCAAAAUUUGUCAGUGAAAAUCAAGAAAAGACCUGGAAUUCCUCUCCUGGUCAUUAUACAGAACAUGAUAGUUCUGCACAAACCUUCUCCUAAAACCAUCGCCUUUGUUAAAGUGGUUGAGGCAGGUCAGCUUGUCUCCGGACAUGAGAAGCAGAGCAUCCAGCAACUCAAAGGAGAGCAGGGGCUAGCCAAGAAGCCUGAGCAGAGGACGAGAAAGCGCAAAAACGUCAGUGGCCCCAAUCCUCUUAGCUGUCUGAAGAAAAAGAAAAAAACACAAGAUACAAAACCAUCUUCUUCUUCUGAAAAGAAAAGAAAAAGAAUCCAGAACAGAAACCCCUCCCAAAAAGUGCUUUUGGAAAAACAGAAUGCAGAAGGGUAA